UAGGCCAUUCAAGUCAGAAGCGUCUCGAAAUACAAAUGCCCACGGCAGCCGAAUCGGUUACAGAAAUGUCUAAUGCGGAAUUUAUGACAUUAGCGACUUUGGGUUUAGUUCACGACAAGCAUUAUCGUAGGCCAAUGUUAAAGGACGGUCGUCUAGCGCGAUCCUUUAACGAAGAGCAGAUGAAACCCAGCUUUCAGCAGAUAGAAUACGAUAACUUUCAGUUGGUUCAACAAGAAUGUGGUAAACUUCAAAGGAAGAGAAGAUACAGCAAAAGAGAUUUGGAUAUUCAAGACACUCACGACAGUUCUAGACCUAGAAAAAGACCGUCGCAAUCCUACGAAGAUAUGCAGAAUCAGAGGAUUUUGGCCAACGUUCGAGAAAGGCAGAGGACUCAAAGCCUUAACGAAGCUUUUGCAUCGUUAAGAAAAAUCAUUCCUACACUUCCUUCGGACAAACUCAGCAAGAUCCAAACGCUUAAAUUGGCGGCAAGGUACAUCGAUUUCUUGUAUCAGGUACUGAAAAGUGACGAGCACGACACCAAAUUGGGUAGUUCUUGCAGUUACGUGGCACACGAAAGACUCAGCUACGCAUUUUCUGUUUGGAGAAUGGAAGGAGCUUGGUCGGGACACUAAUUUCUAUUGUACAAUAUUCUAGAAGGUAAAGAAAAUGACAGAAAAGCCUCGCUCUCCCAACAGCCAGAAUGACAGCCAUGGGAUGCAGGUGUCGAGGAUGUCACAGUUUUUCACAACAUCCGCUAAGGAUAGAUUUACCACACUUCGUCAUACAACUGCUGGGUUCGCCAAUACUUUUGACGUGUUCCCAUUAAGGGGAGCUAGAAGAUAAAGAAUUUUCACCCUUCUAUAUGUAUAUACUGUAAUUGUCGACGUCGAAAAAUUCUUUAAAAUCAUUCUCACCACUUAUAUCUGUAUAUAGAAAAACACUUAAUUUCAAUACUUUCUUUUAAUUAUAAUUCCUUUUAUUUUUAGAUUUAGUUUUAUAUAAAAAAAAUAAAAUAAAAAUGAAAAUAAAAUUUUGUGCCUAUGGGACAUCGUGCAAUAUACUUUAUAUAUAAAUAUAUUAUAGAUUACGACCAAUUUUAGUCAAAUUUAUGCCUGCUUUGUGGCUGCUAUUUUGGUCUUAUGUGAUAUACCAUCUUAUAUGUAUAAUGUAGAUUAUUAGUAAAUUAUU